AUGUCGAAAUUUGGCGUCUUAGUGAUGGGCCCUGCUGGUGCAGGCAAGACAACCUUCAGUAAUGCUGUGAUCCAGCACCUUCAAUCGACCCGUCGCAGCUGUUUCUACGUGAACCUCGACCCCGCCGCCGAGACAUUUUCCUAUGAACCGGAUUUGGACAUCCGCGAUUUGAUCACUUUGGAAGAUGUGAUGGAAGAGAUGGGUUUGGGACCAAAUGGCGGUCUCAUCUACUGCUUUGAGUUCCUACUGCAAAACUUGGAAUUCCUGUCAGAGGCACUUGAACCAUUAAGCGAAGAAUACUUGAUCAUCUUCGACAUGCCCGGCCAGAUCGAGCUCUAUACACACAUCCCUCUUCUCCCAACCCUCACAACAUUCCUCUCCCGCCAAGGCCCAUUGAAUAUCAACAUGUGCGCCGCAUAUCUCCUCGAAAGCACCUUCGUCAUUGAUAAAGCCAAGUUUUUCGCCGGCACGCUCAGUGCCAUGUCCGCGAUGCUGAUGAUGGAGAUGCCACACGUGAACAUUCUCAGUAAGAUGGAUCAGAUCCGCGAUAUGGUGACGCGACGGGAAUUGAAACGGUUUACCAAUGUGGACGUGCAAUUGUUGCAAGACAAUAAGGAGGACGAUCUCACCGCAGGUGCCAAUCCCAUGGCUCCGGACUCCUUGAUGAGUGGUGGAUCUUUCAAUCAACUGAAUCGGGCAGUUGGACAGCUGAUCGAUGACUUCAGCAUGGUCUCGUUCCUGCAAUUAGAUGUAUCAGACGAAGACAGCGUCGCGGCAAUCGUGAGCCAUAUCGAUGAUGCCAUCCAAUACCAUGAGGCCCAGGAACCGAGAGAACCCAAGGACGAAGUGGAGGUAAAUUACGAGGAUUGA